GGAUAAAUUUUCCAUUUUUUCUUCACUGGGCCUUCUUGGUCUUUGUUUUCUUUUUCUUUGAGUCCCAAUGGUGAUGCCUUUGUGUGACCUCCAUUCAUAUUAUCCUUCAUUUUCGCGGACUGUUUUUUCCCUUUAAUUUUCUUGACCGUAUGAAACACUUAUUGUCAAACUAUUAGUGUCAAACCUGUGGUGUUUCUUGAUGUAUUAUUUUUCCCUAUAAAUAUUCAGGCCACACCUCAACAUCUUUGUCACUAGCUCCAAAACAUAUAGCGUAGUAAUAAUAUAAUGGCACAAACUUCGUUUAUGUGGUGGCCGGUGGUAGUGGCUCUAGUUUUAGUUUGUUGUCCCGCCCGACAAGAAGCGGCAAAUGGAGCUAAUACGGCCACCUCAACAGCGGCUAUGCGAGAAGCCGAGAAGAUGAUCAAGGGACUCAACUUAUCCCCUUCGCACAAAUUCAAUUGGGGCCCAUCGGGUACCUCUCUAGCCAGUCGGUUUGAUUCAAACGAAUCGACUGCGCUAGUCGAGAAAGUCUUUAAAAUUGAUUCUCUUGCGGAUGAUCCUGUUAUUCAAAGCUUGGGUCGUCACCAUGUUGGUUAUUAUAAGCUCCCAACCGCCGCCCAAGCAAGGAUGUUCUACUAUUUCUUUGAAUCAAGAACCAACCAGAGUCAACCAUUGGUAAUAUGGUUGAGUGGUGGGCCGGGAUGCAGUAGUGCAUUGGCUUUGUUUUACGAGAAUGGGCCUUUUCAAAUUGCUAAAAACAUGUCACUUGUAUGGAAUUAUUAUGGUUGGGACAAGGUUUCCAAUAUUAUCUUCAUUGAUCAACCAACGGGAACUGGAUUCAGCUAUAGUUCUAGUAAGAAGGACAUUCGAUACGAUGAAAGUGGCAUUAGCAAUGACCUCUAUGCAUUUUUACAGGAGUUUUUGAAGGCUCACCCUGAGUUUGUGAAGAACGAGUUCUACAUAACGGGCGAAUCGUACGCGGGGCAUUACAUCCCCGCACUGGCCUCACGAAUUCAUCAAGCAAACAAGAUGAAACGAGGCAUUCGCAUAAACCUCAAGGGAAUGGCCAUAGGCAAUGGAAUGACCAACCCAGAAUUGCAAUAUGCAGCCUACCCUGACUUUGCCCUAACCCAAAAACUCAUCACACAGCCUCUCUAUCAUAAUCUCACCCUUUUGGUUCCCAGCUGCCAAGAAGCUGUAAGACAGUGUAACAAGAAUAUGGAUGGCGGAAAAUCUUGCCAUUCGGCCUCCAACAUUUGCCAAGAUCAGAUCUACGAUCUUAUCGAGGAAAACAUGGGAAAUAAAAAUCGUUACGAUGUCAGGAAGACUUGUGAAAGAGGGUUGCUCUGUUAUGACUUUUCAAGCGUAGAGACUCUCCUGAACGACACGAGUGUAAAAAUGGCACUUGGAGUUAAUGAGCACAUCGGUUUUGUUUCGUGUAGUGAGACCGUGUAUGAUGCAAUGGCUUCGGACUGGUUUAAGGACCAAUCACACGCCUUCCCACGUCUGCUUGAAGACGGCAUCAAACUGCUGGUUUAUGCUGGAGAAUAUGACCUUAUUUGCAACUGGCUUGGAAACUCGAGAUGGGUAGAAGCUUUGGAGUGGUCAGGGAAGAGGGGGUUUGCGGGAGCCGCGAACGCGCGCUUUGUUGUGGAUGGAGAGGUGAAGGGGACAUUGAAGAGCUAUGGAGCAUUGACUUUCCUUAAGGUUCAUGGUGCAGGUCACCUGGUUCCAAUGGACCAGCCUAAGGCAUCCCUAGAAAUGCUUCAUAGGUGGAUGCAAUCCCAGCUUUAAUAUACAAUUUCUUGAAAACUACUCUACAAAAGAGUUGGCCUCUAGUGUGUUUCAAUCACGAGUUUGCUCAAAAUCCCAGAAACCUUGUGUUCUUCUCAGAAGUAUUUCAAAUGGCCAACAUCACCAAAAGAGAAUUUGACAUUCUUGAUUUAUCCGGUCAAAGGUACCUGGAAUGGAGGGUUGAUGCACUUGCUCACCUUAAGGCUAAUGGCCUCGAAAAUACAAUUGCUGAGAAUAA